AUGGCGGGUCUCCGUGCUGUGAUCCAUGGUCUGCACACAAAGCUGGGUACCGUGUUCACGAUAAGCAUCUUUGGGGUGAAGAAGGUGACCUUCCUGGUUGGGCCAGAGGCGAUACCUCAUUUCUUCCAAGGCUCAGAGUCAGAGAUUAGUCAGUCGAAUAUGUACAAAAUCACAGUGCCCGUUUUCGGCCAAGGGGUUAUGUAUGAUGUGGACUUGACUACCAGGAGCAGGCAGAUCAGUUUCUGCAUCGACGCGAUAAAGCCGAUGAACUUGAGAAGCCUCGUUGAUGCUAUGGCUCAAGAGGUGGAGGAUUACUUUGCACAAUGGGGGCAACAUGGCGUUGUUGAUCUAAAGCAUGAGAUCGCGCACUUGAUCCUGCUCAUCACAAGUCGGUGCUUGCUUGGAAAGCAUAUCCGAGACAACAUGUUCGACCAAGUAGCUCCACUCUUCAAUGAGCUCUUUGACAACAGCUUCUACUUGAUCAGUUUCUUCUUCCCACAUCUCCCUAUCCCGCCGCAUGACCGACGCGACAAAUAUCGCGCUAAGCUAGGGGAUAUUAUCCACGAGGUGGUGAGGUCACGCAGGAGUUCAGGCCUAUCUGAGAACGACGUGCUACAGAGACUCAUAGAAUCCAACACUAGCAAUGGCCGGCCAUUGACUGAGAGUGAGAUCGCCGGGAUACUCGUCGCCUUGGUGGUCGCCGGGCAACACACGAGCUCUAGCAACAGCAUCUGGACAGGAGCUUGCAUGCUCAGCGAUGGUGGAAGAAACCACAUGGCAGCCGCCAUGGAAGAGCAGAAGGAGAUUAUUGGACGGCAUGGGGAACGCCUGGACUACUGCAUCUUGCAGGAGAUGGUCACAUUGCAUUGCUGCAUCAAGGAGGCGUUGAGGCUGCACCCUUCAUAA